CACCAGAAGCCGCCUGUUUCCACUGGAUUCCCAGAGGAAGACCAGACCCAUCUACACCACCACUGGACCUUCAGAGGAAACUUAUACACUUCUAUAAGAUCAAAACCACAUCUGUGACUCCAGGAGGACUGCAGCCACGAUUUGAUUGGACUGCUUCCAACACCGGGUCUCCAGUUGUAUUCUGACUCUGCGUUUUUUUGGGGUUUUUUUUGUCCCACAUUUUUAAUUUAAUUUUUAAUUUUUUAGUUUAGGCUUCAGUAAAGAGGAAGAUGCCCCUGGAUUGCCAGGCAGGUGAGGAAGAAUUCACUGCCCCUUUCCCCCUCUCCCCUGCUCCAUCUCCCAGCCCAGCAUGGCCCCUGGCUGCAGGACAGCCCCGCUGCCGACGCCGUCCUGCUGGGGAUGCACUGGGGGGAUCUCCUUCCCCUUCCCUCUGGCACAGAGGCAAAUCCCAUCCUGUCCUUGUCCUUCCUCCCCCAGACAAGGAGCUGAGGAAAGAGACCAGGGAGGACAAAUCCCUGCAGCAGAACGUCAUGGAAGAGGCCAUUUUGAGUGGAUCUCCAGCAGAGGAAUCCAGCAGGGAGGAAAAGCGCCGGAGAUGUCACAUGAAGAAGGGCUCCAGACCCAUCCAAAGAAUGCUCUGAUGAGGAAAUACCCACCCUAGGCCAGGGACGUGGUCAGAUAUCCAGCAAGAGCUCAGACCUCAUGGCCCAUGAGCAGCUUCAUGACAAAGAGAGGUGCUGUGAGUGCUUGCAGUGUGGGAAGAGCUUUAGCAAGAACUCCUCCCUGAUCUGCCACCAGAGGAUCCACACUGGGGAACGGCCCUACCAGUGUGGGGAAUGUGGGAUGGGCUGCAGAGACAGCUCCAACCUGAUUGUCCACAUGAGGAUCCAUAAUGGGGAGAGGCCCUAUGAGUGUGGGGAAUGUGGCAAGAGCUUUAGCCACAGCUCCACCUUGACUUUCCACAGGAGAACCCACACUGGAGAGAGACCCUACAAGUGUGGGGAAUGUGUGAUGAGCUUCAGAGAUAGCGCCAACCUUACAUGCCACCAGAUGAUCCACACUGGAGAGAGACCCUACGAGUGUUCCCAGUGUGGGAAGAGCUUUCAGACCAGCUCCACUCUCCUCAGGCACCAGCAGAUUCACACAGAGGAGAGGCCCUUCCGCUGCCCCAGCUGUAGGAAGGGCUUCAAGCACAACUCCAACCUCGUCACCCACCUGCGCAUCCACACUAGGGAGAGGCCCUACAAGUGUCCCCAGUGUGGGAAGAGCUUCUCUGACAGGUCUAACUUCACCAAACACCAACGCAGACACCGGUAAGGGAAGCCUGCGAGUGCCUUGACUGUGGGAAGAUCUUCAUGUGUGACUGCAACCUCAUCUACCACCAGAGGACGCACAUUGGGAAGAGCCCCGGUGACCCACAUUUCCCAUGAUCCAUGCUGGGAAGACACCUGUUCCUCUCCCUGCCACUGGCAAUGAAUGAGUUUGGCUUGAACAAGGUGAGGGUCUGGCAGUGGACUCAUUAUUGUAUUUAAUCUCAUCUCAGGUCCUUGCCAGGGCCAGCACAGGGACUCUUUCUCUCUCCCAGGGAGAAGGGUGUCCUUUCCAGGCACAGGAAAACCAGUUGGUGUUGUUGUAGUUUUCCCUAUAUAUGGUUUGUGUUACCCCUUCUGUUAUCAAUAUUAUUUCUGUUCCUAUUUGUUCCUUAUCUUGUUGCUGUUCCCAGUAAAUUGUUCUUCUCCCAGCCUGGCAUCUUUGCCUUUUGUACUUUCAGGGGGAGGCUGGAGGGCAGCGAGCGGCAGCAUGGUUUUAGCAGGAGCAGGAAAUUGGGGAAUCCCAUUCCUAAACCCCAGCCCAUGGAAACCGAGCAUCCCAGCUGGUGCCAGCCCUGGCUGCCCUGGCAGGAGCCUUGGGAGCGGGUCCCUGGCUGGGGCUGUGGGAGCCUCUUCCCUCUGGUGCCCAGGGACAGGAGUGCAGGAACGGCUGGAGCUGGGUCAGGGCAGGUUUUGCUUGGAUGUCAGGAGAAGGUUUUUCCCCCAGAGGCUGCUGGGGCACUGAAGGCUGGGAUCAGAUAAGAUCGGGGACUAGAGAAACGAGGGUCCAAACCAAUAUGGUUAUAUCACAGGUUCUCCUACUUUAUUCCACGAGAUGUCGGGUUUUAUACAGACAGAAUAGUUUACACGAACAGGUGCAUUCUGAUAGGCAGUGAACAUACAGAAGUAUGUAAGCUAUUGCAGUUUAAGGUAGCCACUGUGUCUUUCCAGUAACUAUUCCAUGCUAGCAGCACCACUACCUUAACACAUUUCCAGUAACAGAUAAGGUUAUUUGUGCUGCGUAUGUGGAAUGUACUGAGGCCUGCUAGACCAGGCCUGAGGCCUGGUCUGAGGCCUGGUUUGAGGCCCAGGUGUGGAUAGCUCUACCUUAUGAUAUAAGCUAUCCUCCUACACAUCCCCCCUUUUUUUUCUUUAGAGCUAUCCAAACUGGUUCUGUGACACGGUUGGCUGCUUCUACAUAUACUGUUAUAAGCAAAGCACUACUUGAGUUACCCAAGAAAAACCCAAAGAUCUUAGCUGCUAAAAGCAAAAAGAUGAGAGCACACUAUAUUCAGUCCUUGCUCUUCAUUCAUACGCAGGUUCUAGAUUAAAGUUUCAAAUCAUCUGCUGUC